AUGGCGAGCAAGCAAGAGCGCUUGGCGGGACGCAUCGCGCACGCGGCGACGACGGCGCCGGACGCCACGUCGCGCGGACUCAUGCGCGCCUCGCUCGCAUUCUUACCGCGCGGAGGAGGCAACGGCGACGAUAUUCGCAUGGGCAUCUUGAACAUCAUGCGAACGCACGGCAUCAAAGAGGGACAUCGUCCGGGAAUCGAGGAUCCGUUCAUCGCGCAGUGGCAUCAAAAGCUUCACUCUAACACCACGCCCGAUGAUGUGAAGAUUUGCGAGGCAUACCUGCACUUUUUGCACACCGGUAACUGGGACGAUUUCUGGGCGCACUUGUGGGAUAACGCCGGCUUGACGCGAGAAGAUUUGGCCGGUAUGAAGGCGGGUUGGCGCUCGGACGGCAUCCACGGCCCCGCGUUCCACAUGCCGCAAAUGAUCGAUUCUUUCAAACAUUACUUGUGGGUUUUAAAGACCACGCACUCGGGCGGGGACGUGGACAGCGCCAUGAACUUUGCCAGAAACGGUUUGCCCGGCGACUUGGCGUGGGAGGUGGACGAUUUGCUGCAAAACCGCGACGCGUGGUGGGUGCCGGGGAAAAUUAUCGAAGUUCGUAAGAAGCUUCUCGGAGUUUGGCAACACGACAGCCCGAACCGAGACGUCGUCAUGCUCGACGCGACGUUGGAAAAGUUUUUCAGAACCAAGGUGGAAGCCGUCGAUUACGGCGCAAUGUCCUCGGAUGAUUUGCUUUCGCUUCUCGAGCUUUCUUUGACGAACGUCGCGCUGACGAACGAGUCCACGCGCAUCGGCGAGGGCUUAAAAUUUCUCCAAGUCGCCAUGGGUGACGGUCACGGCGAACGCUGGGGCGCGGACUGGUCGAAGACCAUGGACGCCGCGCUCGAUUUCUGCGCUCUCGCCAUGGAGAGCGAUAUGGACUUUUUGUGCCGCGCUACGCAAAACGCUGCAGAUAUCAUCGCGUCUAAGUCCACCAAGGCUGAUCCCAAGUACUUGAUCAACUUUGGGGAAGAAAACGUGCGCUCACACAGCCUGUUUGUCGUCUCGCAAUUGAUUUCGACGCUUCGUCCGGCGGUUCGAGCCGCCGCGGGUCGCUCGCCUUGGCAAAUUGUCAGCGUCGGCGACGCCAGCCUCGAGACGUACGCCGGGAUGGCGAAAGUUCAAACGCUCAAGAUGGCGGGUGAAAACGUGCGAUUCUCUAUCGCGGGUGAAGAUGUGCAGAUUGAUAAAGCCAACGUCUCCGACGCGACGACGACGGCGAGCGCCAAGGCGACGACCAAGGUGUCUAUCGCCCCUUACAAGCCCUCUGACGCGUGGCUGAUUACUCCUGACGCGUACAGCAGCGAUAUUGUCGGCGGCAAGAGCAACAGUCUUUCGGAAAUGGCCAAGGAACUCGCCGCAAUGAACAUUGCGAACGUCGACGUGCCAGGAUCGUACGCGCUUCCAUUUGGCACCUUUGAACGCGCCCUCGAGGAAGACGUCGACACUCGUACUGCGCUCGAAGCAGCCGUUGCCGCCAUUGAGACAGCGACUACCGCCGAAGACCGCCGUGCGGCGCUCGCGGAUGCGCGAGAAAUCAUCGCCACCCGUCUCGUGUGCCCGCAAGGUUUGGAAUCCGCGCUCGACGAAGCGGCGGCGAAGCUUUCACCAUCCGUCGACCUCCCGCGACUCUGGGACGCCGUUUGCGGUGUAUGGGCGUCAAAAUGGACAGAGCGUGCGUGGUUGUCGCGUAAAUCCUGCGGCAUCGACGACAAGGAUCUCAACGUCGCCGUGCUUCUCAUGGAACUCGUGGACGCCGAAUUCGCCUUCGUGGUGCACACCGCCAACCCUGUCACCGGCGACGCGGAUGAAAUCUUUGGUGAGAUUUGCGUCGGUCUCGGGGAAACUUUGGUCGGUAACGACGCUGGUAGUGCGCUCGGAUUUACGGUGAGCAAGACAACGGGUGAGGUCACGCUUCGUUCGCUUCCGAGUAAGCUCUGCGGGCACUUUGCGCCAUCCGGCGGUACCGUCAUCGCGAGAAGCGACUCGAACGGUGAAGACUUGGAAAAUUUCGCCGGCGCUGGUCUCUACGACAGCAUCACCGCCGAGCCUACGGAAGAACGCGUGGUGGACUACACCGCGUCGUCUAUCGUGUGGAACUCCCUCGCGCGCGAAGCGAUGAUUAGACGAAUCUCCGACAUCGCCAAGUCGGUGGAGAGCUAUCGAGGCUCGCCGCAAGACAUCGAAGGCGCCGUCGUGGGCGAUCGCAUCGUCUUGCUUCAAACGCGUGCGCAAAUUUGCUAA